AUGCCCCACUUGACACUCGCCGUCAUGGUUCGAGACAGGUUUGCUUGCCAGCAUCGGAAUAGGGGCCCCCAGGGCAGCCUCCCUCCACUGAACAGAAAGGGCCAACUGGCUCACAAGACGUGCCCUAUCAACCAAUUGCCAACGGAGAUACUGGAAUACAUCUUUGUUACGACAACGACGCCCACAGCAGCCUUCCUUGCCGACCACUUCCAGACGCGUUUCUCGAUAUUACGCGUCUGCAAGUUGUGGAACGCCGUCGCUUUGUCGUGCCCUGCUCUAUGGGCAGUAUAUUACCCAAACGCCGCACAGCUGCCACAUAGCAAAGAAAUCCUCUCGCGCAGUGUAAACCAUCCACUCUCACUGAAACUCUUCUCUUUGGACCAGAAGGAGUGCCCUGGAUUCGAGGAAACCUACCGCCUCUUCACCGACCUGGCUCCCCGAUGGCACGACCUCGACAUCUACCUCUACGACUGCAUGUCCCUCGACUUCACCGCCGCAUUACCUAAAACCGCUCCCGACUUUACCACCCUCAAACUUGACAUGACCGAAUGCCUCGAAACCGCCGUUGCAGAGGUGUGUGCGGGGAUAGCGAGACACUGUUCAUCGUUGCGACACUUGGAAUUCCGUUCUGCCGGAAUAUACUUCAAGGCGUUCGUGCAGUUGCCGUGGUCCCAGUUGGCAAGUUUAUCGCUCGUGACGUCCAUUUCCGAGGACGAAGCAGGCCUUAUCCUCUCAGUUUGCACCAAUGCCAGUGAAGUCUCGCUAUCAGUCGUCAAGCCCUCUCGAGGAUCGUCCGCCAUUCAGGAAAACAUGGUCGCUGUCCAUCCAAAUCUCCUCCAUCUCCGGAUCGGCUUUCUGCAUCUCGACCCCGCCGACUUUCUCUCUCACUUCACCACCCCCGCCCUCCGCACCCUCGACAUCCAAUGCUCAAAAUCCACCCUCUCCAACCUCUCGCGCUUCAAGUCCUUCCUCCUCCGCUCGAAAUGCCAAUUGGAAUCCUUUGGGCUAGGUGAUAACGGUUACAUGCGGGAUCCAAGUCUGGCCGCUAGCAUUGUUUUGUUGGAACCACUGCAAACAGCGACCGUGUUGAAUUUGAAGUUGCAAAGGAUACGAUUUAGGGCCGUGGUUGAAGCGGUCCAAAAGUUGCGGAUUGGACAUCCGAUUUUGCGUUUUUUGCGGUCACCCGGGCCUGGAGCAGGUGGGGUUUACGUUGAUAGAAGAUUGGAUAAGACGCGAGCGAUGUAUUACUAG